AUGAGCAAUUUGAUAUCUUUAGUACUUCGUGAAAACCAACUUACCGGUCCAAUUCCUCAAGGAAUUGGAGAUCUCAUCAACUUGGAAACUCUACAACUAGAUACAAACCAAUUUAUUGGUAAUUUGCCUCAAAACAUUUGCCAUGGUGGAUCACUUCGGUACUUUGCUGCAAGCAACAACCAUUUGGAUGGCCAAAUUCCCAAAAGUUUCAAAAAUUGCACAAGCAUAGUCAGAGUCCAAUUAAGAGGUAACCAACUCAUUGGAGAUAUAUCUAAGGACUUCGGUGUCUAUCCAAACUUGGAGUUCAUAGAUCUAAGGCAUAAUCGAUUUUAUGGAAGGAUCUCAAGUAAUUGGGGCCAGUGUCAACAACUACAAACCCUACUUCUGGGUAAAAACAAUAUUACUGGUAGCAUACCAAAAGAGAUUGGGAACUGUACUACUCAGCUAGGUGAACUUGAUCUUUCUUCAAAUCAUAUAGUUGGGACGAUUCCAAAAGAAUUCGGAAGCCUAAUUUCUCUAAUGAAAUUGUGGAUGAAUGGCAAUCAAGUCUCUGGCGCUAUACCUUUUGAAUUUGGGUUCUUGACAAAUCUUGAAUAUCUUGACCUGUCCUCAAACAAGCUGAGUAAGUCAAUUCCAAGUAAUUUCGGGGACUUCGUGAAAUUGAUAGAAUUGAAUUUAAGCCACAACGAUUUUAGCGAAAGGAUUCCAACACACCUCAUGCACUUAUCUCAUAUCUCCAAAUUAGAUAUAAGUUAUAACUCUUUAAACGGAGAGAUACCAAUGGAAAUUUACAAAUUGGAGAGCAUAGUGAUCUUAAAUCUCUCCCAUAAUCAUCUUUCUGGUUUCAUUCCGAAAGCAUUCGAACAAAUGCAUUGGUUGUUGUAUGCCGACAUAUCCUACAAUGAGUUGCAGGGUCCGAUUCCGGAUAGCAACGCAUUUAUAAAUGCUUCUGUAGAAGCAUUACAAGGGAACAAGGGAUUGUGCGGUAAUGUUCUAGGACUACAGCCUUGCAAUGUUUCCAUGAUAUACAAACAUAGCUCAAAAAGGGGACACAAAGUCGUGUUUCUUCUCGUUUUCCCACUUUUAGGAGUAGUUACUGUUCUACUUUCUAUCUUUGGGUUUUUUCUCUUUAUGCAAAGAAGAAAGACGGAUCUAGAAUCCAAACAAAGCAAGACCGAGGGCCAAGUACUGUCUCUUUCAAUAUUACAUUUCAAUGGAAGAACAUUGUAUGAUGAAAUCAUAAAAGUGACCAAUGGUUUUGAUGCUCUAUACUGA